AUGGAGAGAGAAUAUGAUUUUAUCAUUUACGGCGCAUCCGGAUAUGCAGCAAGGUACAUAAUAGAAGCCUUCAAAUCGGAAAAUGUCAGGCUAGCACUGGCCGCAAGGAACAUAAGCAAGAUCAAGGACAAGGCAUUUCCCGUUUAUGAGUGCGAGAUAGAUGGCAUUGAUGAGAUUGCAUCUAUGACAAAGAUAUUGAUAAACUGCGUUGGGCCCUACUCCCGCUAUGGGGAGAGCAUUGUCAAAUCGUGUAUAAGGAAUGGUACGCACUACAUGGACAUAUCUGGAGAGGUGUAUUUCUUCGAGUUCAUCAUCAACAAGUAUCAUGACGAGGCCGCCCGAAAGGGUGUCUACAUCAUCAACUGCUGCGGGUUUGAGUCCGUUCCUUCCGACGUUGGAGUUAUGUAUCUACGAAACAUGUUUGAAGAUGCAGAGAUCGAAAGUGUUCUCAAGGUCAGCAAUGUUGUUGUGAACGAGACCACCUGGGUAUCACUUCUUUCAUCCAUUGCAAAUUUCAAAGAGCUGAAGAUGCUUAGAGAAAAAAGAUAUGGGCAGGGGAAGAAGAGGCGAUCCCACCGGAUUGUAAGAGAAAACUCCUAUCAGGUAAUUUUUAGAGGAAUAGACUACUCCAUUGUAAGAAGAAGUCAAGAGCUAAUGGAGUCUGUAGGGAUGUAUGGUGCAAAGUAUUCUGCAUAUCUAGAUGUCGGCGGGCGAAUUGGGAUGAUAAGGUACUGGAUUUUCAUUUAUCUUGUAUGGUUCUUCUCUGGAUUUUCAGCUGGAAAGUGGAUCAUAAUGAACCUGUGCAAGUUCUUUACCUUUGGAUUUGGAUUUGUCAAGAAUAAGCCGAGCUUCGAGGAAAUCAGAAAGGCAAGCUUCACGAUUGAGAUAAGAGCUCGGGGAGAAAGAAAAAACGAGAUAGUUGGGAGGAGCCUGACCAUAACUGGCCCGGAUCCUUCUUACAUAAUGACUUCUAUAUGCCUGACACAGACUGCAGUUGUGUUUUUGAAGUCCCUUAACCAGAGGGUGAGGGGAACCGGCGUGACUCUUUUUAGAGGAGGCGUCAUUACGCCUGCCUGUGUGCUGUAUAACACAGAUAUUGUUCAGAGGCUAUCGUCGAAGGGAAUAAAGUUUGAGGUCAAGGAGAACUGA